GGUUUGAACUCACGCACAAAACUUGCAAUGUCUGUCUCAACAAGAUUUGGUUGAGUCUUCCUUUUCUCCUCCUUUUGUGUUUCAUGCACAGCACAUGAACUCAUCCUCCUCCGCCGCAGAGUCCACCAUGGAAGACCGCCGCUCGAAGAAGCACCACCGCCGUCACCGCCACCACCCCGCCACGACGACAACAACCUUGAGCACGACGACCGGGGAGUCGGACGGGGAGGUGGAGGAGGCGGAGGACGGCGACCCGGAGGCGUGGGUCACCCUGAACAAGGGGUUCCGGCAGGUGCAGUCGGUGCUGGACCGGAACCGGCUACUGAUUCAGCAGGUGAACGAGAACCAGCAGUCUCGGAUGCACGACAACAUGGUAAAAAACGUGUCCCUCAUUCAGGAACUCAACGGCAACAUCUCCAAGGUUGUCUCUCUCUACUCCGAUCUCAACACCAAUUUCUCCAACGUUUGCCAACAACGCUCCAAAAACUCCUCCAAAUAAGUCAAUUCAAAAGGUUCUUCCUAAGUAAUGUUUCGUGUCUGUGUCCUCUGUCUAUGUCUAUUGCGUAUGUGUCUGUUGUUGAAGUUGAAGAAUUUGUGAUGGUAAUUUUGGGCUUUGUUUUGUCAUCAAUUGUCGAUAAGGACGGUGAAAAGGCGAAGCAUUGUAUCGUCCUCUUUACUUCUUUUUCUUUUCUUUUCUUUUUAUAAAAAAAAAGUUUAGGUGAGUCGAGUUCGAAGCUCACAAAGGUUCAGACCUCAAGCUCAAAGAACACUUACAACAUUAUUUACAUAUUACCUACCAACAAAUGUCACAGCAGAAAUCAGAACUCACGUUCUUUGGGGAAUUGAGUUCCUUUCUUAUCAAGUGGACCGUCCUUCCCUUCUUUCUCUACACAUACUACUAUAUUGUCGCGUCCUACCAUUGAAUAGUAACUCCAAUCUCUCUGUACUUCUAAAUCAAUAAAUUAACUUGUCAUUGGAUAACUUGAUCAUGAUCA